GUCCCGGCUGUGGGCGGAGCGCGGGCAGAGCUUCCGCGCGGGCGAUGGGGCUGCUGAGCAUCUUGAAGAAGAUGCGGCAAAAGGAGCGGGAGCUGCGACUACUGAUGCUGGGUCUGGACAACGCCGGCAAAACCACCAUCCUGAAAAAGUUCAAUGGGGACGAGAUUGACACCAUCUCCCCCACGCUGGGCUUUAACAUCAAGACCUUGGAGCAUCGCGGGUUCAAGCUGAACAUCUGGGACGUGGGGGGUCAGAAGUCCCUGCGCUCCUACUGGCGCAAUUAUUUUGAGAGCACCGACGGGCUCAUCUGGGUGGUGGACAGCGCUGACCAACAGCGGAUGGAGGACUGCAAGAAGGAGUUGGAGACCCUCCUGGUGGAGGAGCGUUUGGGCGGUGCCACGCUUCUCAUCUUUGCCAAUAAGCAGGACCUGCCAGGUGCCUUGAGUCCCAGUGCCAUCCAGAAGGCCCUGGACCUCGACAGCAUCCUGACUCACCAUUGGUGCAUCCGAGGUUGCAGUGCUUACACCGGGGAAAAUCUACUGGCGGGCAUCGAUUGGCUGCUGGACGACAUCUCAACCCGGAUAUUCACCGCGGAUUGAGAGGAUCUAACAAGUGUUUUUUUCAAUCUUGGACGCCGGAAGAUGGGUGGACUUCAACUCCCAGAAUUCCCCAGUCAGCAUGGAUGGACUCCCAACUCCCAGAAUUCCACAGCCAACAUGGCUGGCUGCGGGAAUCUUGGGAAUUGAAGUCCACCUAUCUUCCAGCAGCUAAAACACCAAUUUAAAGUCUGUAUUUUGACCACUGCUUAAAGGCCCAGUGCAAAAAUCAGUGUUUGUACCCAAAUUCGGUGUGGCCUAUGGCAUCAAUCCUGUGGCUGGGGAGGGGGGAAAUCCAGGGGUCUUUUGUUAUCUCCCCUUCUCCGCACGGGAUUGUGUUAAGGGCAGACUAAUAAAGCUCUGGCUGUUUUAAAGAGA